GGUUACCUGAAUAAAAGAGGGGAAGUCAAUAAAGCAUUUCAAAGGCGAUGGUUUGUCCUCACUGGAAAUUUAUUAUUUUACUACGACAAAAGAUUUGAUUCUGAACCAAUAGGAGUUAUUGUCUUAGAAGGAUACAUGGUUGAAAUGUUGGAAAGUUCCGGCAGAUAUGUUUUUGAGUUAGUUUUUCCUGGAGUUUCUUCCAGAACCUAUAUUUUGGCUGCUGAUAGUCAGGAAGAAAUGGAGUCAUGGAUGAAAGCUUUAACUUGUGCAAGCUAUGAUUUCAUGAAAUCGGCCAUCAUUGAACUGCAAAACCAAUUAGAUAAUAUG